AUGAUGAUGCGGGCGCCCCUCAACGUGCAGGCCAAGCUUGGCAAGGGCACGGCCAGCACCAAGAAGCUGGGCGGAACAAGCUCCCGCAAGGGUGGUGUGGGCUACAGGAAGUACGAUGGCGACGCCCUGUGGCUGCCCAACACCUCUCGCCCCGCGUGGCUGGACGGCUCGCUGCCCGGCGACCGCGGCUUCGACCCCCUGGGCCUGUCCAAGCCCGCGGGCUUUGUCCAGAUCGCGGUUGAUGACAACGACAUCAACGCCGCCAAGAACUUCAAGGGUGACGUGGAGGGCGCUGCCGCGGUGGUGACCGACCAGGUCAGCGAGGUCGCGCUGUCCCCCUACAGCGAGGUCUUCGGCCUGCAGCGCUUCCGCGAGACCGAGCUGAUCCACGGCCGCUGGGCCAUGCUCGGCGUGCUGGGCGCGCUCGUGGCUGAGGGCGCCACUGGUGUCAAGUGGUGA